AUGGCCGAUGUCCCUCCCCCCACCCCGUCCGAACUUCUCCGGAUGGUAACCGAGCUCCAGCAGGCGAAUCAACGCAUGGCUGAAGCAAACCAGCGCAUGACGGAAGAAAACCAAAGAAUGCAACAACAGAUUCAACAAUUGGCUAACGCCAGACUGGAACAUAACAAUGAUCGUCGCGAGCGCCAGGAAAAUGAUGACCGACGCUCCGAACCGACUCAUGUCUCGGAAACACCCCAAGACAACGACGCUGACAAUCGGGACGAGGAGGCGAUACCCGAGGAUGAUGAUGACCAGCCCGACAACUCGGCGGGGCCUUUUACGGCCAACAUCAUGAAUUUCCAACUACCACGACAAUUCACGUUACCGACAACACUAACCCCAUACGAUGGGCUAGGGGAUCCUAAGCAGCACAUUAAAAAAUUUAGAUCUAUUAUGAUUGUCAAUGGGGCAUCCGACCCCAUUUUAUGUCGUUGUUUUCCUUCCUUUUUAGACGGACCCGCGCUUGACUGGUUUUGCUCUUUGCCUGCAGAUUCCAUUUCACGCUUUCAGGAGCUAGCAAAGCAAUUCGAACAACAUUUUGCAGCAUCGGCAAUUUACUUGCAUGAUUCUGACUAUCUGACUACAAUCAAACAGGGUCCACAGGAAAGUCUGAAGGAUUAUAUUACCCGUUUCACGAAAGUGGCCAUGCAAAUUCCUGAUCUACACCCAGAGGUCCACCUGCAUGCAAUUAAAAGCGGCCUCCGACCUGGAAAAUUCCAAGAAACAAUUGCAGUGGCCAAGCCAAAGACCUUGGCCGAGUUUAGGGAGAAAGCUAAGGGGCAAAUAGAUAUCGAAGAGCUUCGACAGGCCCGACGAGCAGAAAAGUCUCCCUUCAUGAAAGAUGAGGAUAAACCUCGGGAGAGCAAGAAAAACUUUAAGCCUGUGCCACGAUACGAGUCCUACACUCAGUUCAACACCAAAAGGGACGACAUUAUCAAAGAAAUUUUAAACUCCAAGCUCAUCAAGCCACCCCGUAAAGCCGGCAACUACCCCGAGCCAAAGAACGUAGACAAAUCGAAGUACUGCAGUUUUCACCAAAAGCAUGGUCACACUACAGAUGAAUGUGUGAUCGCCAAGGAUCUAUUAGAACGCUUGGCGCGGCAAGGACACCUUGAUAAAUUCAUUGCAGGACAUAUGCAGAAACGUCCAAGCUCCGACCAACCCGCGACAAUUUCAUCAUCCAAGGAAAAGGACAAAGCACCAGCUCAGCCCAGAGGAGUCAUUAACUGCAUUUCAGGAGGAUAUGCCGGUGGAGGAGAAACAAACUCGGCAAGAAAACGGACAUACCGGGCCAUGUUGGCGGUCGAACACUCUUCUGUCCAAUAUCAACCAACCCCAGACAUCCCUGAGAUGACUUUUGGUUGUUCUGAUUUUAAGUCAAACCAUAUGAACUAUGAUGAUCCUGUGGUGAUCUCAAUUCAGUUGGGAGACCUUAUUGUCCGGAAAGUGCUGCUUGAUCCUGGGAGCAGCGCCGAUGUACUAUUCUUCACUACAUUCCAGAAAAUGAAGCUCAGCACCCAUAUCAUGCAAACUUACUCAGGAGAUCUAGUUGGAUUUUCAGGUGAACGAGUACCUGUACUCGGAUCUGUGUGGUUACAGACCACACUCGGUGAGCAACCCCUAACUAAGACACAGGAUAUACAAUAUCUCGUGGUCGAUUGCUUCAGUCCUUAUAAUCUCAUACUAGGAAGACCCUUCUUAAAUAGAUUUGCUGCUAUUGUUUCCACUUUUCAUCUUUGUAUCAAGUUUCCUGUGCAGGAUAAUAUAAUCGCCACCGUACAUGGUGACCUUCACGAAGCACGGCAAUGCUACAAUUCCAGCCUAAAGCCAAUCAAAAGAAGCACUCAGGCACGUGUUCACUCCAUACAACCCGGGAGACCACUGCUAAACGAGCUCGACCCUAGGGCCGACUUCGAAGAUCGCCCAACCCCAAACGAAGAGCUGGAAAAGGUUAUCCUCAAAGAGGAUCCUACCAAAUUCACAUUCAUCGGAACAUCUAUCACCGGAGAGGAAAAGCAAAACCUGAUAAAUUGCUUACGCCAAAAUGCCGACCUAUUUGCUUGGACUUCAGGAGAUAUGCCGGGGAUAGACCCAGCAGUAAUCACACAUAAACUACAAAUCAAUCCUACAGCUCGGCCGGUCUGCCAGAAGAAAAGAAACCUCGGAGCCGAGAAGCGAUCAGCGUCCGUAGCAGAGGUCAAGAAACUUAUUGAUGCCGAGUUCAUCACAGAACUCCGCUUCACGACAUGGUUAGCCAACAUCGUCAUGGUAAAAAAGAAAAACGGUAAAUGGCGCAUGUGCGUCGACUUUACUGAUUUAAAUAAGGCUUGCCCUAAAGAUGCUUAUCCUCUGCCAAAUAUUGACACCCUGAUUGACAAUUCAUGUGGUUAUGGUACCUUGAGUUUCAUGGAUGCAUACUCUGGUUAUAACCAGAUCCUUAUGCACCCAUCAGACCAGGAAAAAACAGCAUUUAUAACCGAAUACGGCAACUAUUGUUAUAAUGUUAUGCCUUUUGGAUUAAAGAAUGCAGGUGCAACUUACCAGCGACUCAUGAACAAAGUCUUCGAGGAACAAAUCGGCCGAAACAUCGAGGUAUACGUAGAUGACAUGGUUGUCAAAACAAAGGACGGCUCCUCUCACAUACAAGACCUCGAGGAGAUAUUUGCACAAGUCAGAAAAUAUAACAUGAGGCUGAACCCCGAGAAGUGUGCUUUCGGCGUCCGAGGAGGCAGAUUCCUCGGCUUUAUCCUGACAAACCGAGGCAUUGAGGCAAACCCUGAAAAGUGUCAAGCAAUACUUAACAUGCAAAGUCCCACGAGCAUAAAAGAAGUGCAGCGUUUAACAGGCAGAUUAGCAGCUCUAUCGAGAUUCCUUCCAGGCUUGGCAUCUAAAUCACACAGCUUUUUUCAAUGUUUAAAAAAAGAUAAAAAAUUUUUUACUUGGACCGAAGACUGUGAAAAAGCAUUUGCCGAUUUAAAACAAAUCCUUUCAAAACCACCAAUUUUACAAAAACCCAAACUCGGCAAGCCACUAUAUUUGUAUUUAUCUAUUACUGACGUGGCAAUUAGUUCUGUUCUCAUUACAGAGGAAGAUAACCAACAGCGACCAGUCUACUUUGUUAGCAAGUCAUUACAGGGUGCAGAACUUCGCUACCCGAGGCUCGAGAAACUCGCCCUAGCCCUGAUCUUCUCCGCAAGGCGACUCCAACCUUAUUUUCAAAGCCACACAAUCAUCAUCAGAACAGACUACCCACUUCGCCAAAUACUCAGCAAGCCCGAGUUAGCAGGCCGGUUAAUCAAGUGGUCUAUAGAACUUUCCGAGUUUGACAUCUCAUACCAACCACGCGGCACCAUCAAACCACAAUGGUUAGCCGACUUUGUCGCAGAAUUAACAAACUCACACCCAGAACAGGUAAAUCAGACAUGGACCUUGUUUGUUGAUGGUGCCUCAAACCCUCAGGGAUCUGGAGCAGGCAUACUACUGGAAAGUUCAGACGGCAUAGUCCUAGAGCACUCCCUCCGCUUUUCCUUCAAAGCUAGCAACAACCAAGCGGAAUACGAAGCUCUCAUUGCAGGGAUAAGGUUAGCAGCCGAUUUAAAUAUUAAAAAUUUAACAAUACUCUGUGACUCUUUAUUAGUUGUUCAACAAGUCAACCGAAGUUUCCAGGUAAAAGAUCAGAUUUUGCAAAGAUAUUUAGAUGUUGUUCAACAACUCUUAACAAACUUUUUUAACGUUACAAUACAUCAUAUACCUAGAGAACAAAAUCAUAGAGCAGAUGUUUUGUCAAAGUUAGCAACAACACAAGCACACACUGCCAAACUAUUGCAAUCAACUUUAGAAAAACCAAGCAUUGAUACAAUGAGCAUUUUAACUACUUUAAACAAAGAUAGUUGGCAAAAUUCUUAUCUCCAGUACCUCAGACAUGGAUCUAUUCCCGAUGAAAUCCAAGACAAGAAAAAGUUUAAGAGACAAGCAUCUUUUUUCACAUUAUUAAAUAACACUUUAUAUAGGCGGGGCUACUCCCGACCGCUCUUAAAAUGUUUAGACAGGGAUGAAGCCGACCUUAUUUUAUCUGAAGCCCACGAAGGUAUAUGCGGAAUGCAUACCGGAGCUCGCAGCUUAGCACAAAAAAUUCUCCGAGCAGGAUUUUAUUGGCCCACACUAUGGGAAGACAGCAGCAAGAAAGUCAAGACCUGUGAAAAAUGCCAAAAGCAUGCCCCGAUCAUUAACCUACCUGCCGAAGAACUUCAUCAUUCCGUGGUAAGUUGGCCCUUCAAUAGAUGGGGCAUGGACAUCCUCGGCCCUUUCCCCACAGCCUCGGGACAGGUAAAAUAUCUAGUAGUUGCCAUCGAUUACUUCUCUAAGUGGAUCGAGGCACAACCUUUAGCAAAGAUAACAUCAUCACAAAUGGUAAACUUCGUUUGGAAGCAUAUUAUCUGUAGAUUCGGCAUACCACAACACAUUGUUACUGACAAUGGUCGGCAAUUUACCGACCACAAUUUCAAAGAAUUUUUGCAGAAUCUGAAAAUCAGGCAACAUUUCUCAUCUGUAGAGCACCCACAAUCAAACGGGUUGGCAGAAGCAGCGAACAAGGUCCUCUUGCAAGCCCUAAGGAAAAAGCUCGACAACGCUAAAGGGAUGUGGGCCGAGCUAAUUCCAGAAGUGCUAUGGGCAUAUAAUACUACAACACACUCAACAACUAAAGAAACUCCAUUCCGCCUAGUAUAUGGCUCGGAGGCGAUGAUACCGAUCGAAGUUUCACAAAGCUCGCUAAGAACGCAAGCUACAAAUCAUGACCAAGCUCGGUUAGCCGAACUCGACCUUAUCGAAGAAAUCAGAGAUAUAGCAGCCAUUCGACACCGUGCAUUACAACAGCAACUUGCCCGACGAUAUUCAAAGAAGGUAUUUCCCAGAGACUUCCAGACCGGCGACUUAAUGCUAAGAAAAACAGAACAGGCUCGACGACCUUCCACACACGGAAAGCUCGCAGCAACAUGGGACGGCCCAUAUCGAAUUUGCGAAGUUCUAGGAAAAGGUGCCUACAAGUUAGAACAUUUAGAUGGAGACAAAAUCUCCAGCACAUGGAAUGUACAAUCCUUAAAGCAAUACUACAGUUAA